CUUUAGCAUUCCAUUUGCUUGCGUUUAAUUGAUAUGAUUGUAAUUCUGAUAAGGUACAAUUUUCCAGGUGCUGUGUGUCGAAUUCCUGGUGUCGCUUGGGACAGCGGUUCUCACCAUUGUUGCCAUGCCAUUCUUCGGCAUCGUGACCAAUGUGAUGAUGCUGAACAGCAUCAGCAUCCUGUCCUCCAUCUUCCAGGUGGGCGCUCAGUGCAUUGCCAGGGAGAAGAAGCGAUUCAUAGUGCCCCCAAUCAUCUCAUUAGUCCUCAUAGUGUCAGGCUACGUGCUCUUCAUCCUCAGUUACCUGCUGUUGAAGGAAGAUAGGGGGAUGAAUGUCUGGAUCGGACUGGCAAUAGUGGGGACCAUCUUUGUCUCGCUGAACUGGUGGGAGAACUACAGCACCCUCUUCAAAAGCUCCUUCCUGAACAGUAUAUGCGAAGACAUAGCGAGAUCCAGGAAUGUGGUGAGCAUCCUCUCCAGUCUGGUCCGGAUUAUGGUCACUGCAGCCGUGGUGGGGGCAUACGUCCCUCUGUCUGGCAGAGUCUGGUCAUCUGUGACAUCAGUUCCAGGGGAUGUGGGGUUGGUGAUCCUGAUCUUGGUGACCAUCCAGAUAGUGUCCUCCGCUCUGUGCCAUUGGUUCGUGGUGGUGGCUUGCAAAAUGCAUGCCAUGCGGCAAAGCUUCCUGUUACCCAUGUACCUGGCCUCGUUAGGUGUUCUGGCAGCGUUCGUCGCUCCUGUCAUUAUCUUCUUCCAGAAUUCAAGUGACCCCAGAGGUGCUAACUACACCAUUACAGAGUACUGCCAUGACAUCACAUAUGGCAGGGGCCUAAGCAACAAUACAGUAUGGUUUGUGAGUCUAGUUAGGGACAUCACCCUCUGUCCCCAUGACAUGACUGACCUAACAGAAAUGGGCCUCUUGGGAGGCUCUGCACUCUGCUGGUGGUUGGGUUGGAUGCUGUGUACAAUGUACAUCUGGUUCCUCCGGCUUCAGCGCAUCGAAAGACCCAGGAUCUGUUUGUGCGGAGGAUGUACGAGGGGGCCUUUCUGGAACAGUCCAUACUGCUCAACACACGUUUUGAGAUUCAGAGGAAGAAAAAAUGGUAAGAUUAUUGCAAAUUCUGUGGAGGGUGGGAGAGUUUUGUAUGAAUGUGCAUGAGAUGGAGUGCCAAAUUACGAUUGUAACGUUUUCUCCAGCCACAGACAAACUGACCCAGUCACAGUGUACCUGUGUGCAACAAUGUGGCAUGAGAACUAUGACGAAAUUAUGAAAAUGAUCAUCUCAAUGUUCAGGCUGGACAAAUACAGGCCAAGGAAUAACUCCAACGAUGAUGUGAGCUUUGAGUCUCACAUUUACUUUGAUGAUGCUUUUAAAGACGUGAAAGGUAGUAAAGAACGGCAUGUGAACGAAUACGCAGAGGACCUGGUGGACGUUAUCCGAGUUGUUUACAAGUAAGCAGUGUAACAAAUGUUGAUCCAAUAUGCACAGAACUGCAUAUAUACUUUAUGUAAUGUAUAAUCUGUAAAGAAAUUAAUAUAUGAUAUGUAUGAUAUCAUAAUAUAGAUGUACAAGAGACAUUUCUCAAGAACAAGUAAAAAAAAUUCAGAACCACAUAUUCCCCUGAAAACCACCAGGGGAUGCUCUGCCCACAUUCUACACCAUUUGAUUUUUUUUUUGCCAUGAAUGUCUGUUAAAUUUUUUUACAUUUUUUAU